UGCGCCCGCGCCUGCGCCGCGCGCAUCAGAGUCUCCUCCCUCCCUCUCUCCCGUUCCCAUCUCAGCCCGCCUCCGCGGCUCUGCUCGCCACCGCAACCCAACGAAUCCAUUCCAAUCGACCCACCGCGUGGAGGCGCUUCUAUAGGCGGAGCGGCCAAUAAACAAGUCGAGAUGGGGACGCCAGCGGCGUGAGAGCGGGCGACGGAGGCGACGAUGCGGGCCAGGGAGAUGCACCCGCUCUGCUGCCUCGCCGCCGACUUCUGCCCCGGGGGCGGCGGCGCCGCCGAGGAAGACGACGGGGACUGCUCCCCGCCGCCCGCGGACGGAGCGGCGGUGGCGGGGGUGCUGCACAAGUGGACCAACAUCGGCAGGGGCUGGCGCCCGCGCUGGUUCGCGAUCCGCGGCGGCGUGCUCGCCUACUCGAAGAUCCGCCGCCGCGUCGCGGCAGAGGAGGCCACGCCGCAGCCAACCGAGCCCGCCGCGGGCGUUAGGGUGAUCGGGGGCGCGGACCGCGGCGCCGGGGAGCGGCCCAUCGGAUUCGUCCAUCUCAAGAUCUCAUCAUUUAGCGAAAGUAAAUCAGAUGACAAACGGUUCUAUAUCAUUACCCCAACCAAGACACUUCAGUUGAGGACAGGUUGUGUUAAGGACCGUGUGGCUUGGAUUGAAGCACUUGUUUCAGCGAGAAGUGAAUAUUCUCUUGGUGGUAUUUUACCAAGUGACCGGAAUGGUGGAUCAUUUUCUACAGAAAAGCUAAGAGACCGCUUGCAUGCUGAAGGUGUUGGUGCAGAAAUUGUUAAAGACUGUGAGCAGAUUGUUCAUUCAGAAUUUUCACAGUAUCAUGUACAGAUGAAGCAGCGUUGUGAAUCGUAUUUAAGUUUUAUCGGCAGUCUUCCACGGGAACUUGAGGCAGUUAAUUCAGAAGAUGCAACUAUUCGUGGCAAUCCACAGUCGCAGUUGUUCAAGCCUGACUUUUCCAGCUCUGGAAAAUGUAGUGAAUACAGCAACACAGAAUCUUCUGAAGAUGCUGGUAAACAAGAAAUAGGGAAAAUGUCAGAUGAAGAUGAGUUUCAUUUCUAUGAUACAAGGCAAAGUUUUAGCGACAGUGUGGCUAGUCCUGACGUGAAAGUGAGAUACUUAAAUUAUGGGAAUGAAGCUUGCAAAUUUGGUGACUCAUUAGCUGCCGACAAGACCAAUGAAUAUCUAUUAUCGUCUGCGAAGAGGCGCUCCAAGUUGCCUGAACCAGUAGAGAAGGAGAGAAGUGUUAGCCUUUGGUCCAUGAUCAAAGAUAAUGUUGGCAAGGAUCUUACAAGGGUCUGUCUUCCUGUUUAUUUUAACGAGCCUUUGUCGUCUCUUCAAAAGUGCUUUGAAGAGUUGGAGUAUUCCUAUUUGUUGGACCGUGCAUACGAAUGUGGUUUAAGGGGCAACGGUCUGAUGAGAAUUCUUUAUGUUGCUGCCUUUGCUGUCUCUGGAUAUGCUUCCACAGAUAGCCGUCCCUGCAAACCUUUCAAUCCACUGUUAGGGGAAACUUAUGAAGCUGAUUACCCUGAAAAGGGGAUACGUUUCUUCUCUGAAAAGGUUAGUCAUCAUCCGAUGGCCAUGGCAUGCCAUUGUGAAGGAAAAGGUUGGAAAUUUUGGGGAGACAGCAAUCUAAAGAGUAAAUUCUGGGGUCAGUCGAUUCAAGUGGAUCCUAGUGGCAUAUUAACCCUAGAGUUUGAUGAUGGAGAAACUUUCCAGUGGAGCAAGGUUACAACCACAAUUAAUAACCUUAUCAUUGGUCGAGUAUAUUGCCAUCACCAUGGCACAAUGAGUAUUAGUGGAAACAAAAAAUAUUCAUGCAAGCUGAUGUUUAAAGAGCAGUCUUUCCUCGAACGUAAUCCUCGCCAGGUUCAAGGCUUUGUUAAAGAUGCUGAUGGCACCAAGGUUGCAUCCCUGAUGGGCAAGUGGGAUGAGAGCAUGUAUUGCGUUGUUAGUGAUGAUGCUUCUAAACUGAACUCUCAUAUUUCACAUCAGAGCGCUGGCGCCACCUUGUUGUGGAAGAAAAAUGAGCCUCCAGCAGAUCCCACUAGAUAUAACUUGUCAUCAUUUGCGAUUACUUUAAAUGAGCUGACUCCAGGGCUUAAGGAGAAGCUUCCACCAACAGAUUCAAGACUCAGACCAGACCAGCGACAUCUAGAGAAUGGGGAGUACGAAAAGGCCAACUCUGAGAAACUGCGCCUCGAGACCAGACAACGAAUGGCAAGGAACAUGCAGGAGAGUGGCUGGAAGCCAAGAUGGUUCCAAAGGGACAGCGAGCAUGGAACAUACCGCUAUGUCGGAGGCUACUGGGAGGCAAGGGAACAGACAAAAUGGGUUGGAUGCAGUGACAUAUUUGGCAGUUUCUGCGACAAUCCAAAGCCACGGGUGUCCACGCUGUACACCAGCGCGAGUGUCUAAGGAGGCAGUAGUAGGCGUUGUCAGCAUAUUAAUUUUUCAAAGGUACAUAAUUGAUUGGUUCCUCUCACAUCUAUGGUACAAAGAAGAGCUAAGAUGUUCUCCUUGUUGUCCUAUACACAUACACAAACGCUGGGACAUUAAGCGCAACCAAAUCCCUAAUUUGAUAUACUGGUAUACUUUUGCUAA